CAUUUUCGAACCGAAACGACGCGCCUUUUUUGUUUACGGGUUCGAUUCGCCAUAAAGUAACUGUUUAAGGGCGAAGCGGAAUGGACAAGAGCAACGGAAGCCCGGGAAAUGGAAGCUACAUGGACCAGAACUCGCUGGGCAUCCUGAACAUGGACAAUCUGAAAGUCUUUGGCGAUUUGUCCAGCUUCAGCAAGAGCAGCGGCGGUGGCAGGAGGAGCGGCCUUGGCCGGGACUCCUCCGGCGUCCACGAGCGACUCCGGGAGGAGCGAUUGCGCGCCCUGGAGACCCUAGAGAAGCCAAGACCCUCGCGCACCAGCCAAGCGAAGAGCAUGGCCCUCCAGAAGCGCUCCACCACAAACAUCUCGGAGUUGGUAACAGAUGAGACCAUCGACCUGAACAGCAGCAGCUCAUUUGUCCUGGCCACGCCAGCCCCCAAGGGCACAAACAUCUCCUUUGAGCCAGCCGAGAUCACAGGCAGAUCCACGCUCUGCCAGGCCGGGAAGCAGCGCCGUCGAGAUAAGCCAUCCCUUUCCGUGGCCGAAAUCCUCAAGUCCUCGUUCGUGGAGAAGGCCCGACUGCUGGAGAAGAAGCUGCAGGAUUCCAGCCAGCUGGAGGCCAGCUACCAUUUGUCGCGGGCCAACUCGAGCAGCCUCUCGGACUCGUUCAGUUGCUCCCGCAGCUUGCCGCGAACCGCGGACAUGAGUGACCUGAGUCUCAAUGGCGGCGGGGGAUUCUCAUUCGGCUCCGCCUCGCUAGCGGCGGAUGGCCAGGACGAGAGCUUCGCCCCCGCCGAGCUGAUGCAGUCCAAAUUGGUGAUGGGCGAGAUUUCGUGGGCGCAGGAGUUUACUGCCAUGCCCACCGCCACUUUGAGCAACCAAGCAAUGCAGAAGAUUGCCGCACCGCCGCCGCUUACAUCCGAAAUAGAAACCUCGGUGUCCAAUUCCGUCUUGGCCGGAGAUCCGGACUUCUCGCUGGGCAACUACUUUCAGACGCGCUCGGAGAACAUCUGGAACAUAGUUAAUGACGGCAGUCCGGAUCGCACGCGACCCACUCAAGCGCUGCUGGAGCCAGAAGCCAACAAGACGCUGGACUCUGUGGGCGAGAAGACCCCGCAGCCGGACAACAAGACAUACACCAAGGCGGAUGCCAUUGCAGGCUCGAGCCUUGGACGCAACCUUAUGCGUAAGAUGCAGCAGGAUCGUAUUCAGACGGUUUUGAAGGCCAACAAUGGCCUGGUGGCUCAAGAGCCCAAACGGCCGCCCUCAAGCUCCGAGAUCCUAAGUCUAUCGGCUAUCGACAAGGCGCUGAGGGACAUAGAUCUGAACUCGGAUACAUCCACAGUAGAGGUGGUCAACCACCUGUGGGAGCAUGGUCGCGGUAAAGACUACGAAGAUGAGGAGAACAAGGAGAACCAGAGCGGUAAUUCGCAAGCGGAGCGGACCUUAUGCGGCUCCAACAAGCUCACGGACACAAUGAGCUUCACAGACUCUGUGCUGAACUCCUCGGACUUUCGCCACCUGCAGCAGAGCAUUUCGCGCAAGCCGCUCAGUCCGUUGGCCGAUCAGCCGCAAAUCACUAUUAGCCGUGCGGACACCGACCCCGUUGAAACAGAAGCCGAGGCGGACAUCGACGAGUGGCCCUCGACGCCGGUGAAGGAGCCUAGCCGCCGUGUGAGACGCACUAAGAUUUCCCCCAGAACCGCCAGUCCGGCAAGUAGCGAUGGCGUACGUCCAUUAACCUGCACCGAGGAUGAAAACGAGGAUGAGGACAAGACGCCGGUAAACAAGAAGAGAGUAUCGAUCUCCACGGUGGGCCUUAUGCCGCGGAAUCCCUCCUCAUUGAGCAGCACUCGCUUGGAUGGAUGCGAUGUUGCCGUGGCCUCCUCAACCGAACGUGAAUUUGGCAUUUCGCCAAGCCUGGCCAAGAACCUAUCGCCCUUAUCCUCGCCGAGGAGCUGCCUCUCAUCGCCGCUGCUUGACAGUACCACCAGCUCCGAGCGCCGGCAGCUCAUGAGUGGUGGCGGUGCAGCACGCAAGGCCAACUCCUCGCCCGCGGGUAGCGAGGCGAGCUCCACCAGCGGAUUCACAACGAGCGGCAGACGUGGACAAGGACUGGGAUCCAGUUCUGUCACCGCACCGCGUAGCAUUUCACGCUGCUCCAACUCCAGCGAGUUUAGCCACCGAGAUGGGAAACUGCUUCCCUUGAAGGUGACCCACACGAGCCUUUGCUGGGGCAGCACAAAGUUGCGAACAGAUGUGCGCAAGUCCAUGCAGGUGAAGAACACGGCGGACAAGCGCCUCGUCAUCCGGCUGGGCAUCCAAGGACCCGGAUUUCAACUUGUCGGCACCGACAGCAGCACCAUCACACUGCAGGCCAUGGAAUGCCGGUCGGUGGUGAUUAACUUUUGUCCCACUGUCUGUGGCGCGGCCAUCGGAGCCUUGUCCUUCUAUGCGCCGCCAGGAGCCCAUAACAGCAGCCAGCCGGGCCUGGAGAUCCCAUUGUACGGUUACGGCGGCAGUGCGUCUAUCACCAUACAGGGUCUGCUGAAGGGACCGGUGGGCGCCAGUUUCCUCACAAUCGGCGAUGUGUGCGAGCUAUCCUCCGGUCCCCUUUCGGCGAGUCUGAGGUUCCACAACAAGGGCCCGCUGACCGCUUUCGUGGGCAUCUCUGUGGACUCCACCGUGCUGAUGAAACUGCGUCUGAGCGAGGCCUUCGAGGUGCGCCCCAACCGGAUGAUCUUGCCGCCGAAUAGCGAGGGCAGCGUUCAGAUCCUCUUCCGGCCGAAUCGCGAGGACUUGAAGAACAUACUGAAAAAGACCGCCCAGGUGUUGACGCUGGCCAACAUGCGGAUCUUCUGCGGGGACGAGCCCAACAGACAAAGGAUGCGCAGCCUGGUUCAGCGAAUGAGCAGCAGACAGCGAGAGAAGCUCACCUCGCCAAUGCUGGACAGCAUCUGGGGAGAGUUUCCCGGAGAACAGCCAGUGCGGAACAUUGGGCUGCUCAACGAGCCGCCCGAGUUCAUCCUGGACCUGGUCACUGUGGUGCGGAUCAUCGAUGUUGCGCUCACCCUCAAUCGGGAUUUCGAUGAAUCCUCGGAAAGCUCGUUGAUGUUUCUUCCCGACGCCGAAGAAACCGUGUUAUUCCGGACGAUAUGUGCGGCUAGUUCGCCGACACCAACCCAGAGCAACUUACUGGAGCCCGUGGAUGAGCUAUUGGAGGCGGACACCACCACAUUGAUGCCCGUCGAACGGAAUUGGUCUGUGCAGCCUCCUUCGCUGGAAUUCGGAGUCGGCGGCCCUUCGCUGGCCACUCUGUCUGUGACGAACAGCUUUCGUUCCAGGCAGCUCAUCGAGGUUAGCUGCAGUGUUCCGGAUUUGGUGCGGAUCAGCCCCAGCGAGUGCUAUGUGGCUCCCGAUGGCGGUCAGGCGGAGAUCGAUGUGCGCCUAGUGCGUUCUCCCAGGCGUGAUCUGCUCGAAAAGGAGCCUCUAAUCGUGGUCUCCAUGGAAAGCGAGCGAAUCAAUGUGCCACUUAGCUUUAAGUCUUAAAUAUUAAUUGUGCCUGCUAAUAUCGUUUGUCCUGUACUUAAAUUGUUUGAAGAAAUUCUAUGCUGUUUACUAAUGAAAUAAAACUGUUUAUAGAUGA